AUGUGGAUACUCUCUUCUGAUGGGAAACGGAUAUGGCUGAAACCUGGUAAAAAGUAUCUGUUCGGCCGGGUUCAACAAGACGGAAUUACGCAUACAAUUGAUAACCGGACGAUAUCAAGGAAGCACCUUAUCAUCGAAGUAGAGAAAGUGAAGCCGGGCGAUGGGUCACACAUACACACCAAGUCGAAGCUUAUCGUUAGUGACGCAGGCUCGAGAUGGGGUACCACCCUUGAUGGAACGCUUAUAACUGGAGAGAGCAAGGAACUUGGCAGCCGUAAUGAAUAUAAACUCUCACUCGGACGAUACCCCUCUGUCCUCCGGAUAAAGUGGUGUCCAGUGGUGUUGAGCUUCUCGUUUCCGACAAAGCAGCUGAAAGCGAAAGAUCCUUUGGCGCACGCUCGCUCCCAACUCGAGGAGCUAGAUAUAAAGACAGUCAUUCCCUACGUUGCUGGGAAAACUACCCAUGUUGUUCAGAGCAAGCGCAAUACCGCUAAAGGCCUUCAGGCACUCAUAAGUGGUUGUUAUUUAGUCCAAGACACAUUUAUUGAGCGUAUAAGAUACGCGGCCUCUCCAAAAGAUGUGGAACACGAGGAAUCUCUAUCUCCCCUGGAGGAAGAUUUUGAUAAUGCAUGGCCUAACCCCGCCGAGGACCUACCUCCCUGUGGUAAUGCGCCCACCGAGCUCCCUGAUAGCGCAUACCAACCGGACCCUGCUCGGAUUAAUGUUUUCGAAGGCUACACGUUUGUUUUUUGCGAUAAAAAGCGGUUUGAGGAUUUACUGGGUCCAAUUUCGAGUGGUCACGGAAAAGCGUUGCUUUACGAAGUUGAGCCUGGAAAAACCAAGGCUGAAGAUGUGGUGGAUUAUUUAAACAACGCAGCUGGGAUCAAGGGACUUGCUUGCGACCAAGAGGGCACUGGAGGCGUAUUGCUCAUGCAAUUCCGCAUCAAAGGACACGAAGACUGGUCUGCUACUCUUGAGAAUAAGGUAACACAGCUUACUGGUCAACAACCCGUCGAAGCCAGCGAAUUUUUGGAUGCCAUUUUACGGAACAACGCCUCACAACUAUAUCGGCGAUCUGAGAAGUCGCUUGAGCCAUCCUCUAGCCUCCCUGCCACUGUUCCAGAUACAGAGCCUGGACAAAGCCAAGAUAUAUCCUCCAGCACAAAUACAAAUGUGCUUGUUGAGGAUAGCCAAAAGGAGACAAGACCACCAAAACGGAAUAAACCCAAGGCCUAUGUCCCAAAAUUCAAAGAUUUCGAUGACGGCUUUGAUAUGGAUUCAAUCCCUGUUUACCAACUUGAGGAAGAAGGAGAUCCACAGGCAGCUGUCCCCGACUCGUUACAGGAAAGAGUGCCUUCGAGCGUACCAUCCGAGGGAGAGAAUGAUGACACAGUUAUGGAUUUGUUACCUGGAGCUGCUGCGAUGAGACAGCGUGUUGGCGGUAAGAGACGUUUAGAACCGAGUGAGCCAGCGCCGCCUCCGCAAAAAGUCAAGAAGCCGAAGCUAGAUGUAAAGGAGGCCGCCCGUCAACGGCGUGAGGCAGUGGAUGAAGCCGCAACAGCACGUCGGCAGGAAGACGCUGUUUCUUUCCAGGCCAUCGUAGAAGGAAUGGACCUCGUACAGAUCCAAAAACUCGUGGCCGUGGAGGAAAUGGAGGUUAAGCCCAGGGAGAGACGGCAGAAUACCCCUACCGAUAAUGGUCGAUGGGAUGGGCGAUGGAAUGGCCGCCAGAACUUCAAAAAAUUUCGACGAAAGGGCAACGGGGAUGUUCAACAUCGGCGACGUGCCAUUAUUGUUCCACUUGAAGAAGCUAAGAAGAAAGACUUUGGCAUUGGAGAUGACUACUGGGGAAGUAGCACUGCAGCCUCUGAGCGCCAAAGGAGUCCAGUUAUAUCGAAUAUCGAUUCAACGGCUACGUCACAGGAGGUCCCACCGCCUCCAGCUCCUACCACCCAUAAUUCAAGAGCACAGAAGAGGUCAAGGGAUGCUGAAGAGAGUGAUGAUGGUCUCCGGUUCCGCUUUCGCCGCAAACGCCAGCGAUGA